CAAUAAUAUUUUAAUUAAAAUCUUUUUCUUUGUAGUAAAAAAACUAGUGUUGAUCAGAGAAAAGAAAAUCAAGGGAACACAGUACAAAACCGUUCCUUCUCAAUAAGGUUUUAUAAUACAGAGGAUGAAGAGACUGGAUUAACCAUGGUGGAUGAUCCAGAUGAUGUUACAUUUGACCCGGAAAUGUCCAUAAAUUUGCCAAGACCUGUUGACAUGAAGGAUGAUGAAUGUGUUCAGGAUGUGAAUGUGGAGCAAGAAGUAAUUGACAUCAUUGAAGAAGAUACAGAAGACACAGAAAAUAGUGAAAUAGAAUACAGUAGCACAGGAAAAAAUAAACUUCUGACAUAUAGUAAUUCAGAGGAAGAAGAUGGACUGAUAUUAGUAUCAGAAGCAUCUCUGAGAGCUCUAGCUAAAAAGAUACCAAUAACAGAAUGUGAAAAUAAAAGUUGUAAAGAAACAGUUUCACUGUCCAGUAGAAAAAAUGCAUCUGGAAUAACUCUCAACUGGAUGUGCCCAAAAAGCCACAACAGUUUAACAUGGACAAGCCAACCUGUCCUACCAAACGGAGUAAUGGUUGGAAAUUUCAAAAUCUGUGCAGCAAUAGUCAUGUCUGGAAAUAACUAUUCCAAAGUUGCCCUUAUGGCUAAGUUCAUGAGGUUGGGAUUUCCUUCCGCCUCCAUGUUCGAUAGAAUUCAGGGCCAGUAUAUUAUACCAGAAGUUGACAGGUACUGGUUGACUAUAAAACAAUCGACCCAAGAAGAAUUGCGUGCCACAAGCAUUGUAGUUGCAGGGGAUGGAAGAAUGGACUGUCCUGGCCAUUCUGCCAAAUACUGCACCUACACUGUCAUGAAUCAGACAGACAAGAAAAUAGUUUCAAUGGAAGUAAUUGAUAAAAGAGAAGUUCAGCUUAAAUCCGGACAGUUGGAAGUACGUGGCUUUAGAAAGACUAUGGAUGAUAUUAAAGAUGCUGGCAUAGAGGUGAAGGAGAUUGUGACUGAUGCACAUCCUCAGAUCUCAUCAAUUAUGCGCAAAGACUUUCCUGAUAUACGACACAGCUGGGAUAUGUGGCACGGAGCAAAGAAUCUGGGGAAAAAGUUACAUGCUGCAGCAUUGGAAAAGGGAAAUAGUCAUCUGAAGCCAUGGGUUUCAGGACAACAAACCAUUUCUUUUACAGCGCUGAAACUUGCAAUGGUGACAGAGAUGUUUUACAGAUGA